ACUAACAGUGACUGCGCUUUACUAUUGAGUGAUAAGACUUGAAUUGCAGACAACUAUUAGUUUACUUAAAGAUUACAACAAUUAAUAAAAUAUUUAUAUAAUUAUUGUAUUGAUUUGAAGUUCAAUUCACGCAUUAAUAAUAAUUAAUGAUUUGAUUUGAUUUGAAUUAAUUUAUUGAAUUGUUUAACAUAUUGUGGUGUCUUUUGUCCCACAUUUAAGUCUUGAUUUUAAUUGCAAAUUCAUUACAUUUGUUGAUAAUUGUGAAGUGAUUUUAAUCAUACAUUUGGUUGAAUUUGAUGGCAAAUAUUGUGUCCACAAAAUAGUUUAACAUUUAGUUUGAAUCACUAUUUGAUAUAUAGUUUGGGAAUUGAAUCGAUUGGACGAUGACUUUAACCAAUAUAUCGAGAAAGCGUGAAAGAAGUCAUGAAGACUACAACGACUACAUUCCGGUCACUAAACGUAUGAAUAACUUACACAUUGAUGUCGUGUCUGACGGUGCCAACAACUUGUCUGAUGCUUUAAAUUGUUAUCACAUGACGGGAUCAGAUGCUAUAAAUUCAAUACAAACUAACAAUCACUGCCAGCAACCACACCACCGACAAUGUCUCGGUCAUAGUACGGGUGUUAAUGACGGACAUAUCUAUGUAGACAAUUGUGUCGCCUAUUAUUGCACCACUUAUUCACCAGAAUUGGACUUAAAUUCAAAUCCAAUAUAUUAUGAGUCAAAUCGUAUACUAUUUGAGGCACAUCUUCAUCGUCUUCAACGAAUGUCAAACAUUAGGAAAUCUUAAGAUAUUUGAAUAAUUGUUAAGACAUUAAAAGUGUUUUAUUUUUUCUGGUUAUUUAUUUUUCUAAAUGUCAAAACAAUUAUUUCAAAAUAUAGACAAAUGUUUUUAAGUGCUUUGUUUAAGGUAUAUAAAAAUGUUAGCAAAUUAACGAUUCAUUGUAUUAAAACUUUAAUUGAAUGACUAAUCGA